CGGGCGGGGAUUGGCCCACGGGGCGGAAGCGGGGCGGGCCCGGGACUGCGGAAGCGAUGGGGCCGCAGCUGGGCAUACACGAGCUGCUGCACGUCUUCUCCUUCCUGGAGGCCCGAGACCUGCUCCGUGCCGCCCAGGUGGACAAGGUCUGGAAUGAGGUUUCAGGGACCAAGGAAUUGUGGAGGCAGCUGUGCCUGAGACGCUGGUCCUCCUGUAAAGACUCCCAGGUGACGCGGGGCACACAGACAUGGAAACAGUACUACCUCUGCCGAUCUGAGUUGGACUUCCGCAUGCAGUCCGGGCGGCCAGAGAAGGACUUUGUCUGCAAAGCCCUUGCCGGGCACAAAGGAGAGAUAGCGAAGCUGGCCUACGUCUCCCCCAGCGAGUACUGCUUUGACAGGCGGGAGAAGUCUGUGGUGUGCACCGCGUCCUCGGACGGCACUGUGCGGGCCUGGCAUCUACGUGAGGGCAAGGAGAUCUGGUCUAGCCCUCUGCAGCCUGCUGCUCUGGUGAAUUUGGUGACCUACCCUCAGCUGCAGCUGGUUGUCACUGUGGACGCACAAGGACUCAUCAAAGUGUGGGAAUCAGAGAGCGGGAGGGAGUCAGCCUCCUUCUGCCUGCCUACACCCUCGUCUGCAUUGGAGGCCUCUGACCACCCAGAGGGCCCCUUCCUGCUGGUGGCCUGUGCCGACGGAACGCUCUGCACGCUGACGGUGCCCGGGCUGCAGCUGCUGUCCAGGGUGAGCGUGUUCCCGAACCAGCCCGCCAGCCUGCUCUGCUCCCCUGACUGCCAGUGGGUGUUCACAUUGGCCGAGGACUCAGACCUGAGCCCCAAGGUGUUCCACUCGCAGUCCCUGCUGUGUCCCCCAGAAGACGAGCCUCCCGUCUCCACUGCGCUCCCCAUCGGGCUGACCUCCAGAGCCUGCUGGGCCCCCGAGGAGGCAGCCAGGCUGGCGGUGAUGCACAGAGAUGACAACAGCGUGCAGUGGGUGGUCACCACCUACGAGCUGGGGGCUAAGAAGUGCAGGGAUGCAAUGAACAUUCUGGUACAACAGGUCACAAGUUUCAUCCUGCCAGACACCAUGAUGCCCCCUCACCUCAUGAAGGGGCACGGCUCCCAAGUGGUGCUGCUGGUGUCGGGGUCUGAGCUGGUGCUGUUCACCAUGCACGGCCUGCGGCUGGCAGCCUUCCAGGACCAUCAGAAGCCCAUCACGGCCCUGUAUGUGGACCAGAGCCGAGUCAUCACCUCUUCUUUCGACCUCUCCUUGCGAGUCUACUUGUGGAAAAAGGAGAAUAAGCUUCCUGCCCUCAAGAGCUGCUGUUACUUGCUCGGGGGCUCCCACCGCUGGGCCAGUGGAUUUACCCAGGUGGAAAGUGACAGCAUGAGCAUUGUGGGCGUGGAAGCCAGAAACACUGGCACAAGUAUUCUAAGGUCAUACUACUUCCAACUGCAGCGAGACCAAGACAAGGAACAGGAAACGUAACAGGAGAGUCCUUAACCUGUUGUUGGCCUUCGUUCCAGCUGCCUAGCAACCUGCCCAGCGCUAUUCAGAUAGUAAGUGGCAGAAAGGAGAGAAUGUCCACUGGGGGCCUAGAAAGCCCAUGCUUAAAGUGCUGGGGGUGUAACAGAAUCAUUUUUGUUGUUCAAAUAUGUAAGUAAAUGUAUUUUAUCUUCUUAUUCUUGUGCAAUGUGCUUUAGACACAUUAA